AUGGGAGCAAUAACUAGAUCAAACAAAUCAGGAGCUAAAACAGCAGAAAACACGUCUCAAGUAUACACGUUAACUGAUAUACCAACAAAAAUAAAUUUAAAAGAUAAACCAAAUAAAGUAUCAAAACCUAAGUCUAAAACAAACCCUAAAUUACCAAAGAAUGUUGAUAAAAUAUUACCAAAAUCAAAACCAUCAAUUGAAAAAUUUUUAGAUCAUGAGAAUGUCCCCAAAGAUUUAGAAUUACCUAAAGAAUUUAUUGAAUUUCAUACUCCAGCAUUUAUUGAAGGUUUAAAAUUUUGUAUUGAAAAAGAUCCAACAUUAUAUCCUGUAAUAGUGAAACAAAAUUUUGAAGGUUUUGGUUCUAAACAAUUUGAUGAAAAAUUACAACAUGCUGAUGCUGAUAAGAUUCAUUUAUAUUGGUAUAGUUUAAUUAGAUCAAUAAUUGCUCAACAAGUUAGUGGUGCAGCAGCAAAAUCAAUUGAAAAUAAAUAUAAGAAUUUAUUUAAGGAUGGUGAAGUUCCAACUGCUGAAAAGACUAAAAAUAUGAGUGAUGAAGAAUUGAAAAAAGCAGGAAUAUCAGGUCCAAAAAUUAAAUAUGUUAAAAGUAUAAGUGAAGAAUUUACAAAUAAGGAUAGUAAAUUAACAGAUACUUCAUUUUAUGCUAAUGCAACAGUUGAAGAAAUUUAUGAAGAAAUUUGUAAAUUGAAAGGAGUUGGUAUAUGGUCUGCCAAAAUGUUUGCAUUAUUUACAUUAGAAGAAAAUGAUGUAUUUGCAGAAGAUGAUUUAGGAGUUGCAAGAGGUAUGGCUAAAUAUUUAGAACAAAGACCUGAAAUUUUAGAUAAAGCAAAAAAGGAAUGUGAUAAAGAUGAUUCUAAAAAAUCUGCUUUAAAAAAGAGAUCUAAAUUUUUUAAUAAAGAUGAUUCAAAAAGAACUUGGAAACCUAUACAUGAUGUUUAUGUAUUACAUAUAGCUGAAGAUUUUAAACCUUUUAGAAGUGCAUUCAUGAUGAUUUUAUGGAGAUUGAGUUCAACUAAUGUUGAAGCUUUAGAAAUAUAG